GAUGAUAUUGACACGUGACACGUCGGUUAGUAGCUACUAGUAACUGAUUUAGUGAUUUAACUUUGGUGGUUAGCCAAAACGAGUGGUCCAAUAAAAAGAAAAGCGGGUUCCGCAUCUGAGUCAUAAGUUAUGCAGGAUGGGUAGAGUGAAGCUAAAGAUAAAGAAACUACAAAACAUGAAUGGACGUCAAUCUACGUAUGCGAAAAGAAGACAUGGGAUCAUGAAAAAGGCGAAAGAGUUAUCGAUCUUAUGCGACAUAGAUGUUGUGCUUCUCAUGUUCUCUCCCAUGGGCAAGGCUUCACUUUGCAUAGGCAAACACAGCAUUGGAGAAAUCAUUGCUAAGUUUGCUCAACUCAGUCCUCAAGAAAGGGCAAAGAGGAAGUUGGAAAACCUUGAAGCCUUGAGGAAAACUUUCAUGAAAGUUAACCACGAUAUAGAUAUAUCAAAGUUUCUAGACAAAAGUACACCAACAGUUGAGGUUCUUAGCGAAAAAAUCAGGUUUCUGCAAACACAAUUAUCAGAUAUACACACACGACUAAGCUACUGGACAGAUGUAGAGAAUAUAGACAACGUAGAUGAUUUGCAGCAACUAGAACAUUCAUUAAGACAAUCUCUGGCUCAAAUCUAUGGUCGUAAGGCGAGCAUGCCGAGACAUCAGCACCGACAACUUAUGUCUUCCAAAUGCAAAAACCAGUUGCAGACUGAAAUAGAUAUAGAUUUCGGAAUGGAGAUGGAGCAACAGCUUGAGAAUUUCUCAUGGGUUCGUACCGAUGAAAACAUGAAUGUUCCUCCAAAAGAAGAAGACCCUAAUAUGCAGCUUCAUCAGAUGUACAGGGACAUAACGUGUUCUGCAAGUUCAUCUCUUGGAAAUUACUCAGGACUCUUUAGUAAAAACUCAGAUAUCUCAACAUCAAAACUAGAAACAGCUAGCAUUCCCGGGACAUCGGCUGAUCCAAACCAACAAAUCAGCAAUCUCAGUUUCCUAAAUGAUCAAAAGCUUCAGCAACUAGCUGAGUGGAAUCUAUUAGGAAGUCCUGCGGAUUACUAUGUUAGCCAGAUCUUGGAAGCUUCUUAUAAGCCUCAGUUCGGAGGAAAAAACAACUGCGCUUCUUCUGAAACAUUACCUUAUGUUGCGGUCUUCGAUGAUCCUCUAUAUUUUUGGGUAAAUAACGGUUUGCUCAUCAUUCAUUUGCUUCAAAACUCUGUUAUUACAGGUCUUGUUUUGCUGACUGUUUAUGAACAUAUCUAUGCAACAGCCAAACUGAGAAGUAGCUCCGGAAAAAGACAGAGGCAGUGAUCCGAGCUUGGAUUGAUAAGUGACAGGGACACAUACUACAAGAUAUGAUACUAUUUUAAGUUAUUUGUAACUCAAGACAUCUCCAAAAAGCGUAAGCAAAGUUCUGUUUCUCGGUUAUAUACUAUUUAUAAUACAAGCCUAAGCUGUGAACAAGAGAUGUAAAUAAAUGCGUUUACCUCUG